AUGGCUGGCGACUCCGAGCCUUUCCCGCCGCUCACCUCGGCAGCCGAUCACCAAUUUUGCUCGUCCUCCAGCGACAUAAACGGCGCGCGCCGGCGCAGGAAAUCCAGCCAUCUCGGGAGCGAAUUGCGGGUCGGCGACACAGGUGCGCCCUCAUUAGGCACGGGCAUUGCCCAUCUCAAUGGUUCCCUGAAGGAAUCGCCGUCACCCUCACCACCACCAAAGCGCUUCUCGAAGCGCCGAAAGGCGCGCUCUGCUCUGCGCCGCGCAAAGAGUAUCAUCGUCAAACACACCUGGGUACUUCCGCUGGUCAUCCUGCUCGUCUUUCUGUCGCUCUACGCCAUCAACCCCACCGAAGCCAACCCCAUCCAUCACUUCAUCUUCCUGUCGUACAGGCUACCCGUUACGGACCCCGACGAGCUACCGCAAUAUGGAAAGGGCCCCUGGGAUAUCGCAUUCGUCACCUUCUACACCGUCGUCCUAUCCUUCACCCGCGAGUUCAUCAUGCAGGAGAUCCUGCGGCCAAUGGCCCGCUGGGCGGGGCUCAAGUCGCGCGGCAAGCAGGCUCGCUACAUGGAGCAGAUGUACACGGCCUUGUACUUUGGCGUCCUCGGGCCUACGGGCAUGUACGUCAUGAGUCGCACGCCCGUGUGGUACUUCAACACGCGCGGCAUGUACGAGAACUUCCCGCACAAGACCCACGACGCCCUCUUCAAGUUCUACUACCUGUUCCAGGCCGCAUACUGGGCCCAGCAGGCCAUUGUUCUGCUACUCGGCAUGGAGAAGCCGCGCAAGGACUUUAAGGAGCUGGUCGGCCACCACAUUGUCAGCCUGGCCCUCAUCGCCCUGAGCUACCGCUUCCAUUUCACCUACAUGGGGCUGGCCGUGUACAUCACCCACGAUAUUUCCGAUUUCUUCCUUGCUACCUCCAAAACGCUCAACUACCUCGACCACUGGCUGACGGGCCCCUACUACUUCACCUUCAUGUGCGUGUGGAUCUACCUGCGCCAUUACCUUAAUCUGCGCAUCCUCUUCAGCCUCUUCACCGAGUACAAGACGGUCGGCCCCUACGAGCUCAACUGGGAGACGCAGCAGUACAAGUGCGCCCUCUCGUUCGUCAUCACCCUGGCCCUGCUCAGCUCCCUGCAGGCCCUCAACCUGUUCUGGCUCUUCUUCAUCAUCCGGAUCGCAUACCGAUUUGUCGUGCACAAUGUCGCCAAGGACGAUCGCAGUGAUGCUGAGGAGUCUGAGUUUGAAGACGUGAAGCAGGCGGCGGCGGUCAAUGGCGCGGCGAAUGGGAAGGCGAAGAGUUACGCUGCCGUAGCCGCCACUUCUAACGGGACGGCUAACGGGACGGCGAAGAAGAGCAGGUAA